UUCUUGCUUCCUCACGCCCCCUUUUGCUCUCCCCACACUUCAUUUGCACAUGGUCAUGGGGUGUGUAUCUGCGCUCACCUCCCAGGACUGACAGAAGCUCUGCAGGCAGUCUGGGCCACGGAGGAGGACUGAACAUCCAGGGAUGGGACGAGACUUUUGAUAGAAACCAAGAAACAUUAAAAGAAACACAGGAACAACGUAAGAAAAAUGGUUGCAGAGGAAGUAGUGGUGAACCUCUCAGGAGGUGCACCGUGGGGUUUCCGAUUACAAGGAGGAGCUGAGCACCAGAAACCCCUCCAAGUGGCAAAGGUGAGGAAGCGCAGUAAGGCCUGCAGGGCUGGGCUCAGAGAGACUGAUGAGCUGGUGUCAAUCAAUGAUGUGUCCUGUGGAACACUAUCUCAUGCUGAGGCUAUGAAUCUGAUUGAUAGUGGCAGAGGAACACUCCAUCUGCGAAUCAGAAGGGCCCCAGCUGCAUAUCAGUCAGUGGUGCUUCUGGGUCGGGCCCCGUCUCCCCGUAUUGAUAAAGAGUACCGCGCAGCCUUGAGAGCCUUGUCCCCUCCACUUACCUCUAAACCGCCUGGUGUUCACAGAGCAUCGCUCAUGUCUCCCACCGGCGGCCUCGAGUGGCUUACGUCCCCUCCAGAUAGUGAAGCUUACUACGGGGAGACAGACAGCGACGCAGAUGUGGCAGCACAAGAGAAGCAGCGCAGGCAGAGACGACGAAGUCCCAGUAGCUCUCCUGCCAAGAGCCCUGGCCAAGCCUCACCCCAAGAGGAGGAGACUUCGGAAAUGAGUGGCUAUGAGAGCGCACAGGACAUCUGCAUGUACCCUCAAACACAGAGCUGGCCUGUAUCUGAUCUUGAGAGAACAGGGACUCAGCAACAGCACAUAAUGCCUGGGGUGGCACGCAGAGAAGUGGUCUACCAGCCCGCGCAGGCUGAAUGGUCGCACCAGGCUGAAAAUUCCUCUGAGAAUUCAAGUCCAUCAGGAGCUGCUGAAGUGGACAGUGGCUUCCAGGAGCCCCCCACUGUCCCACCUCCACUUGUUUCUCCAGAGCGGGCGAAAGAGGCUCUCAUGCUUGCAUCUCACAGACAGAUGGUACCCAUGGUCGGUCCUGUGGACAACCCAGUGGAUGAAGAACUCACUGUCACGUACAUGGACAAGGCCAAGCAAGCUAAGCUACACAGAGGUGAGAGUUUACAAGAUAAGCAGGUGAAGGAGGCCCGAUCCAAGUGCCGCACCAUUGCUUCACUCUUGACAGAUGCUCCUAACCCUCACUCUAAAGGUGUGCUUAUGUUUAAAAAGCGACGGCAGCGCGCCAAAAAGUAUACUCUCACAUGCUUCGGCAGUGUAGACGGAGAAAGCUACAGUAACACAGAGGGAGAAACUGAAGACGAAAGCCUGUUUCCUGGGAGCGAAUCUGAGCUUGAUGAGGAUGGUUUUUCUGCUGCACCAGACCCUACUUGGGAUAGCGGUUACUUGGACGUUCUAGACAAGAGAACUUCAGCGUGUAUUGUGCCUGACAGCGAUGCAGAGAUUAGCCCCGGCUUAAACGCCACUUCAGGAAAAGGAGCCCAGCUUUUUGAACAACAGAGGAAAAGAGCAGAAAAACAUAUGUCAAACCUGGUUACACCCACUGCCUUCUCCAUGCCACAGCAUCAAGGAGAAUCAACCCUAACAUAUACCCCAGUUACUCCAGUCACACCCCUAACCUCUCAUAGUACUAGUAUGAUGAACGGGGAACCUUUGGUGGUGAGCCGGACAAGUGUUGUGUUGUCCUCUCCAGUCCAGAUGCCCAUGCCAUCCAUGGCAGGAGUAUUACCAGAGCAAGCAGACUCAUCGACUGCCAACUCAGUGCACAACAGAACUGCCAGGCCAUUUGCCCCUGGCUGUGUGAGCCACCGAGCAGCAACUGCUCCAGUAGUCUUCAGGCCCAGCCCUGCCAAAAAGGUUGGAUCACAGGCUCAAGCUGUGUCUGUGGCAACUAUGCCAGCUCCCUUCUCUCCUGCUGCCUCGGAGGGGAAGAAAGCCAUCUCUACAACAUCACUGUAUAUCCCUGCCAGACCAGCCACCUACAAUGGGCCUUCCUCUGUGCUCUCUCCAUCCUCAAUCAUUUCAGGUCCAUUUUCUCCUCCCCCUUCAAACGCUCCACUCUACUCCCUCAACUUAUUCCAGCACAUCUGCCCCUUUUUCUCCAACAUCUUCUCAUGUAACAUCUUUGAGUUCACCUUCUGGUAUAGCUCAGCCUUACUCUUCACCCCAAACACAGGCAAUGCAGCUCAGUCCUCCAUACCACAAGGUUUCUGCUCAGUAUCAGCCACCUCCACCGGUUCAGGUGCCAGCACAGCCUUUCUCUCCCCCGUUCACAAAUGCCCACAAUGCCCCUGCCCCAGCCCCUGCCCACACCUAUGCUCCUGCAACACCAAAUGUGCAAUCUUCACCAGCCCACAAAGUUUCCUUUAACCCAUACAUCUCUGUGGCAGCCACUACUCCGGAAAUACCAAAUGCACCAGUUGCCCAGCAGUAUACUCUUUCCAACUCCACUGAUGGGAUGACUUCUCGAGAGCAGCGGGUCUCAGUCCCUGUCGGCCGCACUGGCAUCCUGCAGGAGGCUCGUCGUCGUGGCACCAAGAAACCAAUGUUCAA